GCGGCAAUACAACAGUGACCUUCACUGGUUCGGUCGGACAGCUGGGUUAUUUUUUGUUGGUAUCGCUGUCAUCUCGUGCGGCUAAGGCAACCUCUUAAAUUAUCUGAGAUGGUAAGUCCUUCAAAUAUGGCUGCGAUUUACGGUUCAACUCUUCAUAUUUCCCCGUGGGUAUCAAUGUAUCGCAGCUAAUAUAAUGAAAGUUAAAAACGCGUUGUUUAGAAAUUGCUAUUUUAUCGCCUAGUUGCAACGGUAAGAUGUUGGUUGCAUUUAGUGUUUUCCAGAGUUGUACGGUUGGAUGUCAUAUUAGUUCGGAUACUGAUUUUGAAAAUAAACUUUGGCACAUGACAAUGCGCACAUGGUCACCAAAAAACAUCGUGGUGGGGUUCCCAUAUAUGGACCAUCACGAUCUAGUCAAGCAUCUACCUCAAGACCGAUCCGGCCAACUACAAAAUCUGAGUGCUAUUAUUGUAACCGUUUUGGAAAACGUGCUCGAAAGUGUGGACAUAAUGAUGUAUCAUCAUUCAAAAGGUUUUCAACAGGAAGUCUUUCGACCCAACAGAACCGUAACGUGGGUUCAAGUAGCACACAAGCGCCACUGCCGUCAGCACCGUCUCAAAGAUUGGCACCACCACCACCACCAACAACAACAACAAUGCCUACAAGGGUAGCGUCAUCGCUGUCUCAGUCUUCUCCACCCUUCUCACCUCCUUCCCCACCACCCCCGUAUCAAGGUCCAGCGGGUUAUGCUCAUCCACCUCCUACGUAUGAAGAAAGCGAAUUACCACAAGUUAUUGUGACCCAACCUCCUGCUACAAUAUUCAAAUGGAAUCCUGUGGGUAUCGUAUGUCCAUACUGUCAUAAUAGUGUAGUUACAAAAACUAGAUCUGAGGCUGGUUUAUUAGCCUGGUUGUUAUGCGGUGUUCUUUGUCUUAUGGGGCUAUGGGUGUUGUGUUGUUUAAUCCCCUUCUACCUUGAAUCUACACAAGAUGUUGUGCAUAUAUGUCCACUGUGCAAAUCACAAGUUGGCUAUUAUAAACCAUUGUAAACUGUGAGGAGAUUGACUAAUUUCACUUUUAAUAUUCACCUACACGCAUAGAUAUAUAAAUAAAUACAUAAAUAAACAAUACACAAAUGUGCACCAUGUAUUAUUAGGUCCUAUUGUCGUUAAAAGAAAGCAGUUAUCUCCCCCCCCAUUUUUUGCUUUUAUAUUCUAUUUUUUUGCUUUAUAUUCCUGCCUUCUGGCUUCCAUUUGUUAUACAUUCAUAUAUUUUUGAUACUGGUGAUAAUAAAUAAACUUGAAAUAUUAAUAUUUUUCCAUAUUACCAUUGUUAUUAUUAAACUGUUGCCAUUAUUAUUACUACUACUGUGAAUAUUACUGUUUAUUGAGUAUAUACAUGCAAACAGCAAAGAGGAGGACAGUUUGUUCAUCAUAAUCGUCGUCAUCAUCAUCAUAACCAUCAUCAGCUUUAUCAUACUGAUUAAAUCAAUAAAUUUUGUAAUCGCUUUGGAUUAUACUUUUUCUUCUUGUAUGUGAAACGCCUAACCUGGUGGGGGUGGUAUUCCAUGUUUUUAGUGUAGAGUUAGAGCUAAAGAUGUUGUGCAUGCAGACAGGUAAUUAAAUCAUCCAGCC